AUGGCGAGGACGACGACCCUCCCGCCUGGUACUGAGGACGAGUGGCAUCUCCUGUACAAUUCCUUCGGUACCACCAUCAAUGUGGACGAAACCCAUCCUUCGAAUCCCAUCAAGAUGUUUCUUCAACGCCCACUCUACGCUCCUCUCUUGUUCUCCAAUACAUCCUCCGAUGCGCGCGAUCAUUGCGCCAAUGAACGAACAUUCUUGUCAUGGCUUCGACUGUCCAUCUAUAUGGCGGUAGUGUCCGUCGCCAUCUUCAUUAAUUUCCAUCUUAAGCACCAACCCAGCGCUGUUGAAGAAAAGCUAUCCCAUCCGCUCGGGAUUAUCUUCUGGGUUCUUUCUUUGGCAUGUCUUGUGAGUGGAAUGGGUAUUUACAUGCGGACGGUCACCAAGUAUGCAAAACGACGUGCACUAGUUCAGUCCGGGAUGAAGACUCAGAUUGUCUUUGGAGUGGUGGCCACUGCUAUUAUUGCUGCGUGUACUUUAUUCUUGGGGGCUCAGGCAGAGGCUCAUUAG